GCGGAAAACUACUACACGGCAGACUAUCCGGAAGACGAAGUUGAUACCGAGGACGAAUACGACCGUCACGCUUACAUGUUCCGCAAUGCUAAUGCCUCGGACGAGGAAGAGUUUGAUGAUAACGAAUAUGACAGCGAUGAACUUGUUAUGGAGGGCCAAGACGACGACGACGACGACGCAAGAAUGGACCGCAUCCGAGAUUUCAUGAAACGUAAUGCUGGUUUUCGAUAGGUUCGAUAAAGAAGAUCGCCUUGCUCUGUGUAUGCGUUCAGUAAAUUACAGGACCUCCACGCAUACACGCCACUUCAUUCCCCCUCCCACUCUAUCUCACCUACUAAGGAACAAUAUACCUGCCUGCUAUAAUCGGUUUCAUCUGCAAAUUGCUACAUCCGACAAUGGCCCCUCUUGUCUGAAAUUUACACAAACCCGACCGUGCAACAAUGGACCUAAUUGUCCCAGACUCCCAUCCCCCCACGUGGCUAUUUUUUGCCGUCUAUCUCUAUCUAUCUCUCCUUCACAGACUUUCAGGCAACAUAACGCUCAUAUACACACACCAAGCUGGCAUUGCUUGUUGUACAUGUACAUCUGCUAUAUACGUAUGAACGCAUGUGCGUAUGUAUGUAUGUAUGUGUUGGGCGACGCAUUCCUCCCACCCCCCUCCUCCUUGGACACUUCGACAUGGCCUGCCUCACCGCUCUCACUUCCAAGCCCACAAGAACUCGGAAGUUUGCGUGUUGGAAAUGCGGGCGCCAGGGCCUCACUUUGGCCCUCUUUCGCGGUUGAUAAUAAUAAACAGGCGUCUGCCUUCCUAUCUGGCCAUGCCAUCUCACCACUGAGCUGGCCUUUGCCACCUGGCAGGUCACUUGACUACAGCAAGCAAACAUUGAGGUGUCCCGCAUUGUAUGCUUGUCUACAUUCUUACUGCCUCGUGCUACUGGGGGUGGCUGACCGAGAGUGGGAGAGAGACAGAAACUGGCGGGGGAUAGUCACAUGCUCUCUAUUUUAAGACGGGCAAAAAGAUAUGGCGCAUACAUGUUCGAUGCUCAUGCGCUUAAGAGAGGGAAAGAAAACUGGGAACUUGAAAG